AUGGGAGGAGACCAGAAAACAGUGUUACAGGGAAAGCCACAAGAGCCUGAGCAGGUGGAGGGACAUGCUAUUAAGAAAAUUUUGAAUAAGAUUAGCGGAAAUCCCAAUUCGUAUAUCAACAAAGUUGACUACAUAUUCGGACGGACUUUGGGAGCAGGUUCUUUCGGAGUGGUCAGACAGGCAAGAAAGCUUUCCACCGGGGAAAACGUUGCAGUCAAGAUUUUGCUGAAGAAGGCGCUCAACGGAAAUGAAGUCCAGAUGCGAAUGCUUUACGAUGAGCUUUCGAUACUGCAAAAAUUGGACCAUCCAAAUAUCGUUAAAUUUAAGGAUUGGUUCGAGUCCAAGGACAAAUUCUACAUCGUAAUCCAGCUCGCUACCGGUGGUGAGUUGUUUGACCGAAUUCUAGAGAAGGGAAAAUUUACGGAGGGCGAUGCAGUGAAAAUCGUUUACCAGAUCUUGAAGGCUGUGAAAUACUUGCAUUCCCGCAAUAUUGUGCACCGGGACUUGAAGCCCGAAAACUUACUGUACUUGACGAAAGAUCCCGAAUCGCCGUUGGUUUUGGGUGAUUUUGGAAUUGCCAAAGAAGUGAAGAACGACGAUGACCUGAUACACAAGGCUGCAGGCUCCAUGGGCUACGUUGCACCCGAAGUGGUUACAACUGAAGGACAUGGUAAGCCCUGCGACGUUUGGUCGUUGGGAGUCGUCACCUAUACUCUGCUAUGUGGAUAUUCCCCAUUUGUCGCCGAAAGUGUGGAAGGAUUUCUAGAAGAAUGCACCAGCGGGAGAUACCCUGUGACGUUCCACAAGCCAUAUUGGUCUAGCAUAUCGUAUGAAGCACAGGACUUCAUUCUUCAAGCCCUCACAGUCGAUCCACAUAGCAGGCCGACGGCUACGGAACUGCUGCAACAUGCGUGGAUCGCCAGCAAGACCUCUAAGACCGACAAUCUAUUGCCUGGUAUCAGAAAAGAAUUCGACGCUCGCCGUAAAUUCCGUGAAGCCGUGGAGAUUGUGAAAUUGAACAAUAGAAUCAAGAAGCUAAAGCAAUUGUACUCCACUGGCGAGGAGGAUUCUGAUUUUGAAGAGAACUCCCCCAACAGCAGCUUACUGAACUCCAUGUCGAAACUUGCUUUGGAUGGUAAUGAGUCAAAGGGUGACUCCGAGGAAAACCGCCGGUUGAAGUCCAGCUUGACUCAGAAUGCUUUUGCACAAAUUGUUAAAGCUGCGACCCAAAAUAGAGACCGAAUCAAGAACUACAAAGACCAGGAAUCUGAGAUUGAGGGCGCAGGCGCAGGCGAAGGCGAAGGCGAGAGCGGUGCUGAUAAUAAAAUUUAA